AUGUUUAGGAGCUAUGAGGUAGUGCAGCUAGAAACUACGGAGUAAUUAAGGAAACACGCACCAUUAUUACAUUAUAUUGCUCAAUAUCAUAUCCAUGGGAAAGAUGCUGGGAGGAACUUCAUGGUUCACAGCAGUAAAAAGAGCCUUCAGGCCUCCCACUAAGGACAGCCGAAACAUUGAUAAAAAGGGUAGCAGAAGGAAAGAUCAGCAGCAUGAUGAUGGCGAAGAAGAUGAAGAAAAGAAAAGAGAAAAGGGGAGAUGGUUGUUCAGGAGACCUCAGCCAGACAGGGUGGCGAACAAGUCAAAGCACGCCAUUGCGGUGGCUGCCGCCACUGCUGCGGCGGCCGAAGCCGCCGUGGCCACAGCGCAAGCAGCAGCGGAGAUUAUCCGGCUGACACGGCCUUCCACCAACCCACCGCCUCUGACCCGGCUACACUCCGCCGCAACCGCCAUUCAAACUGCCUUCCGCGGCUAUUUAGCCAGGAGAGCUCUUGUUGCUCUGAAGGGGAUUGUGAAGCUUCAGGCUUUGAUAAGGGGCCAGAAUGUUCGAAAGCAAGCAAAGAUGACCCUGAGAUGCAUGCAGGCUCUGCUUCGGGUGCAGGCUCGGGUUCGCCAACAGCGUGCCCGCCUCUCCCACGACGGCGGCCGGAAAUCCGAAGCCGGCAACACAUGGGAAUCUAAGUAUAUUCCGGAGAGGAUGUCACUGUCCAGAGAUGGAAGCUCCAUCGCCGAUGACUGGAGGGACUGCCCAAGAACACUUGAAGAGCUCGAAGAAAUGUUGCAGGCCAGAAAAGAGAGAUCAUUGCUUCAUUCUCUCCCACAACAGGGAUGGAGCUCAGAAACAGAGCAUGAGGGAGAUGAAAGAGGAGGGAACUGGCUGGAGGAAUGGAUGUCAUCCAAACAAUGGCGGGAUCCGGUGAAGACGGUGGAGAUCGACACCGCAUUGCCGUAUUCCUACGCGGUUCCUCCGAGUGGGGGCAGGAGAUCGCACCACCACUACAAGCAGCAAUCUCCUCCGCCGCCGCCGCCGAGUCGCCGGAGACCCGCGGCGGUUCUGCCGCCGGCGACUCCGUCUCCGAGCAAGCCGAAGCAGGUCCAGGUCCGGGCAACGAGCCCGAGGCGUCUCGAGAAAUGCUACUCGACCGCCAACACCCCGUGCCUGCGCACCGGGUCCCGCUUCAGCACCUCGUCUAAUAGCGCUUCGGUGCCGAACUACAUGGCCGCCACCGAGUCUGCAAAGGCUCGGGUCCGGUCCCAGAGCGCCCCCCGGCAAAGGCCUCCCACCCCCGAGAGGGAGCGCGGGACCGGGUCGGCAAAGAAACGGCUGUCGUACCUCGCGUCGGAGUCGUCUCUGACGAAUGCCGACGCGAGGAGCUUCAGCCAGAACCUUAGGAGCCCCAGCUUCAAGAGUGUCCAAACAGGGUGGUGUGUGGGGAUGGGGCAGUUCUCAAACACUGAUAGCAUUGGGGUUGGGGAAAUUUCUCCUUGUUCAACCACUGAUCUUAGGAGGUGGGUAUGAUGUAAUGAUUUUAGGCUAUGUUGUUUUCAUGAUUUUAGGCUUGGUAUUUGAGAAAAAAAAAAAAGAAGCUAGACAGUCCUCACCAAGUCUGAUUUGAGUCCUCAUUGUAUUCUAAUCCCAUGUACUAGUAGAAAUGAGCUUUGGAAGUGUGCUGGUUAAUUG